AUGAAUAAUAAUAAUGGAUUUGUAAAGAAAGAAGAAGAUAGCAAUAAUAAUAAUAAUAAUGAUGGUGGAAAAGUAUAUCCAAUAGUACUUGCAAAUACAACAAAAAGAUGGAAUAUCGCAAAGUUUACGACCAAAGUUGAUAUUCCAUCUUUUGAAAAACCAGUAAAGAUGUAUAAAUAUAAACCGGAUCUAAGUGAGAAUCCGAAUGCUGAUGGCAAUAACAAUGGUACUGGUGAUGCAAACCCUAAUGCUGCUCAGCAACAACAGAAAAAGAAAAAAUAUGAACCGAAACCUGUCAAUCCAAAGACAAUACCAUGGAGACUGGAAGACAGUGAGGGAAACAAUGCAUUCCAAGGAAUGAUAGAGGGUAAUCAGGCAUCUUCUUACUUUGUAUUCAUGUUUCAGAGUGAUCAUACAAUCAAAGCGGUACCAUGCUCUGAUUGGUAUACUUUUAGAAUGAGAAAAGAUAUAGAAGCAUUGACCAUUGAAGAGGCUGAAGCUUUUAUGAGUAAGAAAACAAAGGAAAGAGAAGAUUGGAAUGGUAGAAUGACAAAGAAGACAACCGAUACUGGUGCAUCUAGUUCCAGCAAUACUGAAGGAAAGAAGGACGACGAGGGUGACAAAGAAGACGAUGAGUAUAGAAAGGAGAUCUACGAGGAGAAAGACAAGUUUAAAGCUAGCUUUGGUGCAUCAAAGAAGAAGAGAAGAGGCGGAGAGGAAGAUGAGGAGGAGAUGGGUGAGGGCGACGAUGAAGAUGCACCGGAUUUCGAUAGUAAAUUCGAUGAUGACGAUGAAGCAUUCGAAGACAACGAUAUUACCACUGAAGACGGUCCACAAAUCGAUGCGGAAGACGAAGACAUUAUGAAUGAGCAUCUGACAGCUGCCGGUGUCGAAAUGAAGAACAUCAUCAAGAAUAUGGGUAAACAAGACAGUAGUGAAGAUGAAGACAACGACGAAGAUGAAAAAUCAGACAGUGGUGACGACGAUGAUGAGGAGGAACCGGACGACGACGACUUUACACUCACCAAAGAGAAUCUUAACUUUCGAAAUACAUAUCCAAAGGUUGGAGUUAAAGAGGAACCAAAGUCACCGGGCGGAGCUGGUGGUAACACCAGUGGAAAUGGUAGUUCAAAGACAUCGACUACCACUACAACUACUACCACCACUACAAGCUCGAGCAGCAACAACACUCCACCCAACAAAAAGAAGCCGGCAGCCACUGCAGCGGCCAAGAAGAUUGGAUCGCCACCCGAUCAGCAAACUGUCGGUGCCAAGAAGGGUGUGAAGAACAAGGCGGAAACUAGCGUCGCUACCACACCCAGCAACAGUAACAAAAAGUUGAAAUCCGAUCAGACACCACCUACAUCGCCACCCACUUCACCAUCAGCAUCGCAAUCCACAGAAGAAUACCCACUGACAGAGGAAUCUAUCAAAAAGGUACUUCGUGCCGAACGCAAAAUCACAUCGAUCGAUCUCAUCCAGCUAUUCAAAACUCAACUUAGAACCAAAGAUCAAAAGGAUCUAUUUAUGAAAUAUACAAACAAAUUGGCAAACAUUGUAAAAGAAGGUGAUGUCAGAUAUCUUGUAUUGAAACCUGGAAUUUAA